GAUAAACUACAAAUUAAAAAUCUGUGUUUACAGAAUAGAACCAGAGCAGUAAUCAUCCAACUGACUUGACAGCAUAAUGUUGAUUCGGUCUUCUGAUUGCUUAGUGUAGUGAACAAGGUUGUGAUAGUUUUAUUAGUUCGUAAACAGCAAACACUCGCUGUUUUUUUUUCAAAAUCACCGAGAGGUUCAAAACGAAAAUAGAACAUGGAUAAAUUUUGGGUCUUUCGAGUUAUCUUCACGCUCACCAUCAUCACACAAACCUUCACCGACUUCACCUACCACGUUAUGAGCAAAGACCUGAUGAAGUGCUCCUACGGAGAACGAGGCUCUUUGACAGCCACCUGUGUCAACGCUACCCCGAGCUAUUUCAAGAGCACCCUGUAUAAGUUCGACCACCUGGACGAGACUGUACAGUGUGUCAACUGUAACUUGACCAGUAUAGAGCCCAAUACCUUUGAUUUAUCCGGCAAUCACAUCAACACCUUGAAUAUUAGUGAAUGUAUGAUAGAAAGUUUGAAGCCUAAGGCUUUUAUGGGGUUGAUUUUCUUGAAGUAUCUGGAUAUGGGCAAUAAUAAGAUUAAAUCUGUUUAUCCAGGAACCUUCAACGGAGCCAAAAAAAUCGAAACCAUAGACCUAUCCAGAAACGAAAUCACAAUUUUGAAUGAAAGCGGCUUCGCCGAAUUGUUCAACCUGAAGAAACUCAUCCUGUACAACAACUCCAUCAGCGUGAUAGCCGAGAAAGCCUUCACAGGUCUCACCAGCCUUCAAGAGCUCGAUUUAGGCUACAACCAGAUCACCGACUUAAAAAAUGUAGUCUCCAAUUUGACUUCUUUACAAAUUCUUAAGUUAAAUAACAAUAAACUUAAAACCAUUAAUGAAACAGAGUUUUACAACCUGACUAAUCUCGAUUUGUUGUGUCUGGAUCACAAUUUUUUGACCAGUCCUAUUAUAGAAUUGUCACCUAAUAACCAGCUAAGAAAGAUCAGCUUGAUUGAGAACACUAUUGACACGUUUUGGGUGAUUUUGGAAAGAGCCUACGCCCUGGAAGAGUUAAAUCUUCGUGGAAACAAUAUUUCGGGAAUAUCUGCUGUUCCAGGGAUCAAUUUUCCAUCGUUACGAGACCUAGAUUUGUCCAGGAACUCCAUCAAAUCAUUUCAAACUCAUCAAUUCACUGGUUUACCUCAACUAAGAUACUUAAACAUCUCCCAUAACGUUAUAGAAGACGUUAGAAUCACCGGAACAAUGUCCAUACCAAGUCUACACACUCUGGAUCUGUCCUAUAACAACAUAUCUGAUCUGGACUACCUUUUACUCAUAUCCAGAACCCCUUCUUUGUCGUAUCUGAAGCUAGAAAACAACUUGCUGUCUUGUUAUUUGGAGGAAGAAAUGGCCAGAGAAUUCGCUGAGGACAACUUCAAGUUCGUGCUCUUCGAAAACAGUGAGGGAUCUGUCAAAUGCUUGGACAAACCUGUGUCAUCUAACAUUCAAAAAGCAAAGAAAGAUCUGUAUGUUAGUCAAGAUUCUGACUCGAUCACAGCAGGAAAUAUAGUGAUUCUGGUGCUGUUAUCCUUUGUGAUUGUGGCUGUGGGUAUACUGUUUUAUGUCCAGUAUUUGUUUUAUAAAGGUGUGAGGAUUAGUUUGGGUGGAAGGGUUGAAUCGAACCUUCAGCUGAUCAAUCCGGACAGUGAGCGUGAUCACGAGAUGGGACAUGGAGAUGAGGAAAUUCUUUCUAGAAGUACUUUUGUGCUUUCUUCAAUUCUAAUCAUCCAAAGCUUCCCAAGCAUCGAAGCAUUAGAAAGCAUGAGCUGCAAGUACGCCGAAAGAGGUUCCUUAACAGCCAGAUGUUCCUACGCUAUUCCCAGCUUCUUCAGAGCCACAAUCUACCACUUCGAUCACCUGGACGAGACCCUGGAAUGCGACCAUUGCAACCUGACCCAUAUAGAGGGUGGAACCUUCGACAUUGGAGGCAACAUGAUCAGGAAACUUGUGCUGUACAACAGCAACAUUCAAAACGUUUCUGCCAGAGCCUUUACCGGUUUGGUGCAUUUGGAAGAGCUGAUUCUGAGCAAUAACCGUAUCAAGAGUUUCCUUCCUGGUGCAUUUUUUGGUAUCAAGAAACUAAAAGAGAUCUACAUGAACAACGCGCUUGACUGCCAGCUGCCAAACUAUGUCUUUACAGGAUUAACAAAUUUGAAGAGGCUUUAUUUGAAUAAUAAUGGGUUGAGUGUUUUGGAAAACCAGACUUUUGAUGGGUUGGAAAGUUUGGAGUAUUUAGAUUUGAGUCAUAAUCAAAUAACUCAUCUAAAUCAUUCACUUUUACCUUUAAAAAAGCUGGAAAUCUUACUUAUUUUCAAUAAUCGUUUGUUAUAUCUUUACUCGGAAGAAUUUACUGGCCUUAACAGACUCCUGAACAUCAUGGCAUCCAAUAACAACCUGACAGGAGUUCAUUUCACACAUUUUUGCGAAAAUAACUUAAGAAGUCUCGAUUUAUCACAUAACUCUUUAACGAUAUACCAGAUAUUACUUGAGUGCCUGCAUAAACUAGAAACACUCAAUUUGGAGCACAAUUUUAUAACUAACGUUCAAAACUACGUUCGCAAGAAUCAAUUUGAGGGCAUGUACAAUCUCAGAACGCUCAACCUAGCUGAUAAUCUCAUCAAAACAUUCACGUCUGGAUCGUUUACAGGGUUGCCUUUGCUCCAAACUCUGAACCUUUCCACCAAUAUAAUCGUAACUCCAGAAAUCACAGGAAAACUCAUACUACCCCACCUGUACAACCUGGAUCUGUCAAAUAACUACAUCAGUGACUUCGACGUCACCAGAUUCAUGACGCGACUACCCAGAUUGCGUCACAUAAGCUUCAGAAACAACUCGUUGAGCUGUAACAUGCGAGCAAAGUUGCAGAUACUUUUUUCCGAGUUGCACUUUGAGUAUGACGUUGACAGUUCCAAUUGUACCAUCGAUGUUGUCAAAGCAAGGAUGAGUUUGAGGGAGGAUUUGGAGUCACCUGGUGGCAGUACGGGCUUGGAUGUUUUUCUUUGGAUUUUGACGUUUGUGGUUAUUUUGCUUGUGGUCCUCCUGUAUAUUGGAAUGUUUUACUUGAUUAGAAGGAAAUAGUUGUGUAUUUUUUAGGUGAAAUUAUAUUUAUUAAUUUGUGUAUUUUAUAUUCUAUGAAAUUUAAUAAAGAUUUGAUUUUA